UGACUGCGGGGAUGAAAACGAGCUCUUUUUUCACGAAUCGAGGUUUGAAAGAAUCACAGAUAUCACAGUUGUUAGAUAGAUAUCUGUGGAAAGAAUUUCUAGCAAUUAUCCGUCUGGCGACCAAUAAGCGCGAUGGACGAUUUCGUCCCGUCCAAAUCACGGCUGAUCACGGCGUUUCCGCUUUGACCGACGUUGUGCGAGGAUCAGUUGACAUUAGCUGAUUGUUGACUUCGUGUCGUGUGUCGGUACGUUUUUUAACGUUAAAUUCGGAAGCCGCAUGAUGAACCGUACAAUAUCGGCGUGAUAUCGAAUUACGCUUCUACUUGUGACUUGAGAAAGAAGUAUCUCGGCGCACUGAAAGCAUGACAGAAGUAGAAUGGAUAUCGAAACCCAUGGAAUAUGGGAAUGUGAAGUUUGCAUGCCUAGAAGAGGCUGUGGAUCAUCCUUUGAAACCAGUCGUGAUCACUCUAAUCGAUGGACGUAGUGCAGUCAGGCGCAAUGCAUUGCGAAGUACAAGCACUGGUUCCUCUACCGGAACACCUACACCGACGCACACUCCGGUUCCUGCAAAUCCAUUGAAUGAUCUAUUGUUAAGUCAUCCAUCCCUGGAUGGUUCCGAUCCACUUACACAGUUUGCUCGAGAAGAAUUGGAUCCUCUCUCUAAAAUGGCUGCAGACGAAUGGGACUAUUCUAAUGUCGCACCUGCAAGUAAAAAGUCAAAGGAUACAGCAGAAGAAUUGGUAGAGCCGUGGUCUGUCAGACGUUCUGCUAUAUUAAGCAAAUAUACAACCUCAGAAAAACUAUCAAUUGUCACCAGUUUUUUACCAGGUGGAGAGAAAGUUGUAGUGAAAGUUCAGCCAAGCGGGCCGAUGGUCGACAAAGUAAAAACAAGGCUCGAACAAUUGGACGACUUUGAGGAAGGUUCCAUUAGGCAAAUGCUGGACUUGUCACAGCAACAGUAUACCGCGCGGAUCGAGCAAUUAAACAACGAACUGGUACAAGCGUGGCAUUCCGACCAAAGAGUAAAGGCGCUCAAAAUUGCAAUACAGUGUGCCAAAUUAUUAGUAGAUACCUCUGUAAUGGCUUUUUAUCCGAGCAAGUUUGUUCUCAUCACAGAUAUUUUGGAUAUCUUUGGAAAACUUGUGUACGAGAGAUUGAAAAUGAAGGCCGAGUACUACAAACCAGGAAGUAAAGUACCGACGAGUUUGCCUGAUAAUUUUACUCCCGACAUGGUUCCCGAGAACGCGAAGGAAACGUGUCAGAAUUGGUUUUACAAGAUAGCCUCUAUACGCGAAUUAGUACCGCGUCUCUAUGUAGAAAUGGCGAUAAUAAAAUCUUAUAGUUUUCUAACGACGAGCGAGUUUAACACUGCUCUAUUACGUAUAACUCGUAUGAUAAGAGGUAUUGGAAAUCCGUUGAUAGCGGUUUACGCGAGGUGUUAUUUAUGUCGUGUGGGAUUGGCGUUGAACAAAACGUCAGACUUUGAGUUCGUGAGGGAGAACUUGUACGAUUUUCUUUUUACGUAUCAGCAGCUAUUUGGGACUGCUGUGAAAAACGAAAUAGUGAAGCAAAAUAUCACCCUGCAUUCGUAUCUUAAUUUGUAUUCGCCAGCUUUGGACUGGAUCGUACAAGUUUUGGUGGCAACAUCGCCUGAGAGUCUUCUCGAAGAGGUUUUAUCUCGAUGUAAAAAACAGGAAAACGGAUCAUUAUUAUUAAAUACAGUGCUGACUGCAUUUAAACCGACGUAUAUUGCUGCACGUGCUAUGGACUUUGUUAAUUUAAUAGUAGCGAGUGAAGAUGAUGGAUAUCCUCAAUAUCUCUUAUAUCGAAGUUUGGGUGAAUGUCUUGUACGAGAAUCUCCGCCGAAAGAAGACUGCCAGUCAGUGCUUAAUGUAAUAUGGAAGUACAUAACGGACCUCACUGAUCCCAAUAAAUUCAUGCAUUGUAUCGAGAUCUGGAUUCAGUUUACUGUUAUACACUUUUCUGUAAACGAACUAAAUUUAUUUUUCGGCAAAAUAAUAGACCGGCUACGACCGAACAAAACUUUUGAAAAUUAUUAUCCACAAUUGCAAAAUAUUGUUGAGAAAAUAGUGGCCCACACGCAAGACUUUGAGUCGCUGCUUGCCAUGGACAAUUUUCUACCGCUAAUUGACUUGUUUCACAAAGAAAGUGUUAAGGUUGAAGUUUGUAAAACUGUUAUAGAAGGAUUAAGUGUGCAAAACGGGCCUAUUACGGACCCUAUUAUUAUAAAUGCUCUGAUGUUUAUCGCAAGAAUAAUGCACGAUUCCGUUAGCGCUCUGACUGUCGAAGAUGAAAAACGACAAAUCGGACAAUUAAUAUGCGGCCUAGUGCAACGAGUAGACUAUGGUCGCGAUUUUGAGAAGCAGCUUAAUUUUUAUGCAGAGGCCAGGGCGGCGUUUCCUAAUCUUGAUAGUGUUCAUAUACAACUUGUACAGUGUGUGAAUAGAUUAUCAGUUGAUACCAGAAAGAUAGUACGUGGCCAUCAUACAAGGAGAACAUCGGCGUUUGUACGCGCUUGUGCUGCGUUCUGUUUCAUUACUAUACCGUCAUUAACUUUAGUUCACACACGCCUUCAAUUAUAUUUACUAUCUGGACAGGUUGCCCUUCUGAAUCAAUGUUUAGGUCAAGCCGAUGCCUGUUUUAAGGCCGCUUUAAGUUUAGUUCCGGAAAUGCCGAAAACCAUCGACAUCGAUGGUAGACAGAAAAGCUCUCAACCAUACUUGCUUUCAUACUUGUCGAAUUUUUUGUCAACGUUGUUAGUAGUCCCAGAUAGCCCAGAGCACGGUGUUUUGUAUUUGAUGAGAGGCUUGCUCAACGCAGUUCAACGUUGUUUCGAGGAAAAUUCCUCAACCAAACCAUAUUUGUAUUUACGUGUACUCGAUCUUCUUUCAACAGUAGCGCAAGAAAAUUAUCCGUACCAUAUUGAUAAGGUCGAUUCUAAUGAUAAACUGUAUGGAUCUGAUCAGAAAUUUAUUGGUGAAGUCAAUAAAAUAUGUUCAAAGAUCGUUGAGGAAAUCUUGAGUCAUCUCAAAUAUCUUGGAUCUACUGACCAAUUCGAUAAGCAAUCUGCUUUAGCACUCGAACUGUUUAAUUGCUUUAUUAUUCGUGCAGAUUUACGGGAUGCCGCAUUAGCGAACAUGGCUGUAAAUUUGUGGCACUUGUCACAACGACAUGGUUCAGUGGAUUCUAAAGUGACGAUGAGAACAAAGGCUUACAUGACACAGAAGAGUCAUCAUCGAGAAUAUGAACAUUUUGCCGAAAUACUCAAAAAAAUGUCGAGAUGAAUGAUAUUGAUACUUGUUAAUAAUAAUCAAGAUCUAGCUUCAACAUUUUUUAUUGGCAGUUUUUUUUUAAAGACAUUUUGUAAUCGUGCAAUAAUUUUUCUGAUUAUGUAAAUCAAGCCAAUAAUUAGCGAAUAAUUAGCCGAAGAGCAAAACGAAAUAUAAAUUAAUUGUUGAAAAUUAAUAUACGUUAUAAUAAUUAAUUGGUAAGCAUCACUUUGUACUAUAUUUUCUGAAAUAUAAUAAAUGCUGCUCAAAAUAUGAAA